AUGUCGGCAGAGAGAGCUGCCAAGUUCACCGAGGAUGGAUUUCCCCCGUUGCCCGAUGCGAUGGCUGAGCAGUAUACCAUGACGAGGGAGACGCUCGGUUACGGGACGUUUGCUGUCGUCAUGGUCUGUGUCACCAAAACGACAGGCACAAAGCGCGCGGUAAAGAUUAUUGCUCGCAAGCCGUUGUGCUCGGCAAAAGACCACGAUAAUGUCGAGGUUCUGCCUGCGCGCCUGGCUCGCGACGAGAUCCAAAUCUUGCUCAAUAUCCAUCACCCGAACAUGUAUGUAUGCCGCACGGCACUGACAUUCAGUAUCCGGCUCUGGGACUUUUACGAGACGGACGACGCCUUGUUUCUGGUCACGGACCUGUGCGAGGGUGGCGAACUUUUUGACACCAUCGUGCGGCGCGUGAGCUACGAUGAGUAUGAUGCGCGCAUCGUAAUGCGCGAGGUUCUGCAGGGCGUGGCUUACCUGCACAAGAAGAACAUCAUCCAUCGCGAUCUAAAGCCGGAAAACAUUCUCUUGAUGAAGAAGGACGACAUUAACCACGUCGUGAUUUCCGACUUUGGCCUGGCGAAAAUUAUGCCAGAAGAGGGGAUGCUGCUCACAGCCUGUGGCUCGCCCCAAUACGUCGCCCCGGAAGUGCUUUUGGGUAAGGGGUACAACCAGCAAGUCGAUAUUUGGUCCUGCGGUGUGAUUGUGUUCGCACUCCUUUCGGGCUAUACGCCGUUUUACUCGACCGAUGUACAGACGCUCUUCCAAAAGAUUGUUAACAUCGACUACGAGUUCAAUCCAGACUAUUGGUCGCAGCAGAGUGAGAUGGCCAAGGACUUUAUCCGCAAGUGUCUCUGCGAAAAGUCGAAGCGCAUGACUGCGGCCGAGGCGCUCCAGCACCCUUGGAUCGAAGGGUUGAUGGUGUCGGAUGGCAAGCAGAACCGUGGGUCGAAGCUCAAGCGCAUGCUCGACCCGACGGAGCCGAUCAACAGCAAUAACCAGGAAGACACGUUGGUCAACCAGGUGGACCGCAUGGAACACUUGCAGAAUCUGCGCCGCAAGUACGGCACGACAUCAGAAGCGCACAUGGAGCGUCUCGACCACUUCCUCAAGGAUUUUAAGGAGGAACUCGGCGAUCACAGUUAUGAUGCAUCGCAGCCCAAGGACAAGGGCAAGAACAAGGUGAACUCGAACAAGGUCGACCUCGAGCUCCACUCGUCCGAGGGCCCACCAGGCACGCUGGACGAGCACCGGCCCUCGGGUGAGACAAACGGAACCAAGCUCUCCUACACGCGCCACUAUAUUCGCGAAGCGUCUUCUGGAUCGCGUGCGCAGAAGGAGACCAAGACUGCCGAGGUGCUUAACGAGCUUUUGGAGCACUACCGCACCGCGGAGCGCCCCUCGUUCUCGCGUGUGGAUCCUACGGUGCAGACGCGUCCGAAUAGCAGCUCGACGUUCGAGCGUGCGAUCAAGAUGGUGCCGACCUUGUUGAACCAGGGUCUCUCAAUCGGCAGCAUCAUUGCCUCGCAUGCCAUUUACGGGCCGCCGAAGAAGUCGUGGGGUGUCGAGAUGUCGAUUUUGACCAAGACCAUCCGUGAAGUAUCUAAGCACUCGGACUUGACUACGAUCCCCGUGCUGCAAAAGGUCUUUGAUCUUGCGCGUUUCCUUCCUGUGCCGGAAGAUGGUCUGGUUACCCCUGUCACAUUCCGUGUCAAGCGCCGUGGUCUUCGUGGCAUUCUUGCCGAGAGCGACGCGAAAGAGACGGGCAAGCGCGAGCUUACCGGAGAAUGGAUUGUCGGGAAGCAGACCUGGCGGCGUCUUCAGAGCGAGUGGCAGAAUGGUAAGCGGUCCGGCAAAGAGCGUGUUAUCUUGUACAUUCAUGGUGGCGCCUAUUUCGUCAUGUCUGCCAUUACGCACCGCCCUCUGACCAUUGCUUUGAGCAAGUACUGUGAGUGCCGAGUGUUUUGUGUCAACUACCGCUUGGCCCCCGACACCAUCUUCCCCGGCGCACUGCUCGACUGUGUCGCGGCGUGGUUCCGAUUGAUUGACGAUCUGCACAUUCCUGCAAACAAUAUUGUGUUUGCGGCUGACAGCGCUGGUGGUGGUUUGGCAAUUGCACUGCUUAUGUACUUGCGGGAUAACAAAUACCCCCUCCCCGGCGGUGCGAUCCUGUUUAGUCCGUGGGUGGAUCUUACUCUUUCUUGUGACUCGUGGGAGACAAACAAAGAGUUUGACUACCUCCCGCGCCCGAACGAUGGCGAUCAUAUGCACCCGGUCGCUGCGUAUCUGGGCCCCAACUUUGACAAGUAUUUGACGCACCCCUACGUCAGUCCGCUCUUUGGUGACAUGCAUGGACUUCCACCGCUCCUCAUCCAGACGGGCGACGCUGAGGUGCUGCGUGACGAAAACAUCUUGUUCGCGCACAAGUGCUCGCUCGCUGGCGUGCCUGUGCGUCACGAGAUCUACGAAGAUUGCGUACACGUUUUCCAGUUCUUCUUAUUUCUGGAUGCAAGUCGCAAGGCCUUGCAGAGUACGCGUCACUUUAUGCGGACCGCAUUGGACAAACGUCCGAAACGCCAGGCAUCCAAGGUCACGGCUGAUGCGCGCGAGCAGCUCGACAACGAGAUGAGCGGUGGUAUGAACAACGCUCAGGGACAAAGGGUCGAGCCUGCAACAGGGGCGCCAAAGGGCGAAGCGCAGGUGCCUGCCGAGGAGAAUGGAGAGCAGCUGGUCACCAUCAAGAAUGUCGAGCCCAGCGACGAUGAAUCACAGGACUGGGCCCUGGACAGCAACAGCGACAACGACAAGGAAGACCAGGAACCGAUGGAGCAAGAUCCACCUUCACUCUCGACGUCGCAGAGCACCGAGGGGCAACAGUCGGAAGAAAGGAACAUUAAGUACAAAGACAACAUGCAAGCCGAAAACACACAGAAGACCAAGAUGCUCCAGGUGCAGUCUUCCCAGAAUGAAAAGGCCAACAACAUUCCCAUCAAAAACGGAAAAGCGAAUAGCGGAUAG